UUAGCUAUGUAUUGAAUUUUAUUUUUAUUAAUAAUAUAAUAUUUUUGAAUUUUUAAUAAAUAUAUCUGAUUGAUUAAAAUAUUAAUAUGAUGAGCAUAUCAUAAAUAACACAAAUUAUAAAGCCGCUCUCGAAGUUUUCCAUCACUCUCGAAGUCUCGACAGCAUAUCGAGUGGAAUCGCAGAGAUUUCUUGAUGGAGAGCCUCCUUUAGUUCUUCAAUGGUUCUAAGUCGAUGUUUGAAAACUUCAAUUUUGAGGGAUCCGGGGUAUCCUCAUAAGAAAUUGUACUAUUUUGUUUGGAUUCAACCUGAAGUGCAAAAUGCUCUCUGUGUCGCAGUCACACAUUCGGGGUUUUUGAAAAAUGCCUCGUAACGAAACCACGUUGUUCACCGCACCACGGCAUGGUGACGGAUAAAAACCAUAUUGAUAAUCUAAUUUAACGAAAUAAACCACUUUAAUUCGAUCAUUUUGUUUACCCACUAAUGACUAUUUGAAAUUGUUCAAUAAUAUUAUUUGGCACAAAUAAAUACAAAAAUACUGUUAAAUAAUAUGAAUUACAUAAAAAUAUUAUUAUUUAUACCCAUAAAUUAUAAUAAUAUGUAACUUCAAUAAUUAAAUAAAAAUCAAUUAUGUAGCAUCAAUAAAGCUCGGAUUCUUUUGAAAAUUUAAUAGUUAAAAAAAUAUUUUAAAUUUAACGACACAAACUUAUCAUUUAUUAGUUUAUUAUUAUUUAUUAGCUAAGACUGUUGCAGCUUAGUACUAUAGAAUUCAGUGGUCGAUAACAAAAUAUAAUAGUUAUCUAUUACACGCCACUACGAUAAUACCUAAUAUAAGUUAAGUAUUUAAAGCUAAAACCUUGUUUUUUUUAUUCAUAGUGCCUAAUUAUUUAUUAUAUAGUUUUGUUUUAUAGACUAAAAUUGUAUCAUUAUUUUUCUUGUUAUUUUUACUUCUAUUAUUAUCACUUGUCUUUUAGUCUUCAUAUUGUGUCAAUUUAUACGUACCUAAUGUUUUUUUUUUUUUGUAAAAUUGCUUUGGUCCGUUGAUUUUAUAUAAAUAAAUAAAUAAAUAAUCGUACAGAUUAUAACAACUUAAACAACUCAGUUGGGAAAAUGGAAGUCGUCAUUAAACAAGGUGUUCUAAAAGGACUUCGGAACAAAACGCUAUUGUCAAAUAAACCUUACUUCAGUUUUCUAGGCAUACCCUACGCUAAAGCACCCGUUAACGACUUAAGAUUCAAGGCUCCCGUCAAACAUCCCGGAUGGUCUGGCGUUUUAAAUGCUACUUCAGAAAGAGACAAAUGCAUGCAGUUCGCUUACAUGACGAAUCACAUCAUUGGAAGCGAAGAUUGUUUGUACCUAAAUGUAUUGGUUCCACAGGUCGUAAAAACAUUUCAUAAACAGAAAGAAUCGAAUGAAAAACUCGCUGUUAUGAUAUUCAUACAUGGAGGUGCCUUUAACUAUAACGGAUGGUCAGUAAAGAGAUAUUCCCCUGAUUAUUUGGUCGACGAAAACGUGAUUGUCGUCGCGAUGAAUUAUCGUCUAAACGCCUUAGGUUAACAAGAUAUUCUAUUAGUAAAUAAUAUUAUUAUACUAAGUAUGUUAUAAUUAAUUUAUAAAAUAAACAAUGGGGUUUUAAGAGUCAAAA